UCAUGGUUACAAUCACCAUCUGCAGUGAUUUUGUACCCCAGAAAAAUAAAGUCAGCCACUGUUUCCCCAUCUAUUUGCCAUGAAUUGAUGGGACCAGAUGCCAUGAUCUUAGUUUUCUGAAUGUUGAGCUUUUAAGCCAACUUUUUCACUCUCCUCUUUCACUUUGAUCAAGAGGCUUUUUAGUUCUUCACUUUCUGCCAUAAGGGUGGUGUCAUCUGCAUAUCUGAGGUUAUUGACAUUUCUCAGUCCCAGACUUAGAUCUGGCAAAGGAAGAUAGAACUGAGUGCAACAUUCUACCUGCCUGGACUCCUAGAAGAGCCCAAGGAGAGAUGGGCAGCUAUCCAUCAGCCUCAAAGCCCGGGUCAUGCCUCUAGCUGCUGCUUCACACUACUGGGGCUUUGACACUGUCAUGCAAGCUCCUUGGAAGAGACUCCAGAAUCAGAGUACUCAGGCCCUCAUCCUGCAUCUAAUCCAGAUCGUCCCUAGAAAGGGUUUCCAGGUAGCCACCAGCGGAACAGAAAGCUAGGAAAACAGGGAACCAGUCUCCUCUGGCUCUAAUUCUCAUAAGAGCCAGUUCUACAGUUUCUUAUUCUGGGCAGUAAUCUGAUGGAGCUGGACUCCUGUCUCUUGAUUGCAGCACAAACUAUACACCUCUCUCCUUCCAUCUCCACGCUGACAUUCCCUCUACACACUCUGCCCUCCCUUCACAGUUUGCAGUUCCUUCAGAUUCACAGAUACUGGAGAUGUACUGUGGAUAUGAGUCAUUUCAGGAGGCCCUUUCUGACCCUCACUGUCCUGAGUUUCUCCUAUGUUUGCUGACCUCUGGUGGUGAUCAUUUGAAUUGUACUAUCUUUUUAUAGUGGUUGUCUGACAGGUAUUGGUACACAUUUUCUCAGUCCAUAUUCAAAUACUGUGUUAAAAUAUUUUUUAUUGCUGAAUUUUGUAUUUCUUUUCAGGCAUCAUGGCCAUAAAUGCAAAAAAAAAAAAAAAACAAAACAAAACAACAGGGCCUGGGCUUUAGAAUCAAGACUUACUAGGUCCAAUCUUAACUGCUAUUUCCUGACAGAGUGACCUUGGUCAAGUUACCUAAAUUCAGCUUUCUUACCUAUAAAGUGAAGAUAAUAAUAACUCAAUGGGAGAAUUAGAUGUGAUGAUUGUAAAAUUCAUAGCCCUAGCCGUGCCCUAGUACACAGGUGCUCAAUAAAGUUUGUUACCUUUUCUAUAAUGGUGAUCAAUGUGAUUUUUUAAAAAUUUUGAUAACAUCAAAUUUACCUUCAUACACCUAUUUUCAAUGUGAUUUAAAAAAAAAAACAACUAAUUUUAUACAGCUGCUUUCCUGACCCUUGAGUUUAGAAAAUGAGGUCAACUUGAAGUCUAGGCUAUGAAGCUUCUCUGUGCCCAGGGAACUGCAGAUCUGAGCCCAGAAAAUAAGAGCUAGAAGGGCUUUGGGGAACAGAUGAAUGGUUCUGAGCACUUAACCUCACUUGGGUUUCCAGCCUGGGAAGAGCUGACAGCAGCCAGCACUUUUUCCUAGGGUCAGCGAAGGGCAGAGGUUUGGCAUCACUCUCUGUUCUCAGUGAGAACCCUAAGGCCCCCUCCUCCCACUUUACAGAGUAGAGGAGGUGGCUGAACAGAGGAAGAUAGGAGCCUGGUUCUCUGCUCCUCCCUGUCUCUCCCUGCUUUUCCCCACACCCAUCCUCUCCCCCACAGCAGCCGUCUCCCCCACAGAGACGGGGAAGAGGGAGGGCGGUGGAGUUGGGGGCUGAAGGAUCAGAAGCCCCACGGUGCCCUGUGUCUGAAGGAAGCUCUGGCCAGGGACAGCUGUGCUGGCUCCUGCUGCCCCCUCCAGCAUGAUGCUGGGGAUCCUGGCACUCUGGGCACUGCUUCCCACAGCUGUGCAAGGUAAGUGUCUACAGGGAGAAGCAGCGUCUUUCCAGCCACCCGUCACAGGAGGGAGCACUCGAAGAGUGAUGAGUGGAGUGGCACCCCCCAGCAGGCGGACCUGUGUGUUCUUCGAGGCCCCCGGAGUGCGGGGAAGCACACAGAACUUGGGGAAGCUGCUGGAUGCAGGGCCGGGCCCCCCCAGGGUUAUCCACUGCCUCUACAGCCGCUGUUGCUUUGGAAUCUGGAACCUGACCCAAGACCAGGCACAGGUGGAGAUGCAAGGAUGCCGAGACAGUGAUGAGCCAGGCUGUGAGUCCCCCCGAUGUGACCCAAGUCCCCGAGCCCAGCCUCGCCCCAGCUCUACUCUCUUCACCUGCUCCUGUGGCGCUGACUUCUGCAAUGCCAAUUACAGCCAUCUGCCUCCUCUGGGGAGCCCUGGGACACCUGGUUCCAAGGGCCCCCAGGCCAUCCCAGGGGAGUCCGUCUGGAUAGCGCUGCUGCUGCUGGGACUCCUGCUGCUGCUGCUGCUGAGCAGCAGCAUCUUGGCCCUGCUGCAGCGGAAGGCCUGCCGAGUGCAAGGUGGGCCAGAGCCAGAGCCAGAGCCAGAGCCAGAGCCAGAGUCAGGCAGGGACUGGAGCGCUGAGCUGCCGGAGCUGCCUGAGCUACGCUUCUCCCAGGUCAUACGGGAAGGAGGUCACUCAGUGGUGUGGGCUGGGCAGCUGCAAGGCAAGCUGGUAGCCGUCAAGGCCUUCCCCCUGAGGGCUGUGGCUCAGUUCCAAGCUGAGAGAGCAUUGUACGAGCUGCCAGGCCUACAGCAUGACCAUAUUGUCCGCUUUAUCACCGCCAGCAGGGGCAGCCCUGGCCCCCCGCCCUGCGGGCCCCUGCUGGUACUAGAACUGCACCCCAAGGGCUCCCUGUGCCACUACUUGACCCAGCACACCAGUGACUGGGGCAGUUCCCUGCGGAUGGCACUGUCCCUGGCGCAGGGCCUGGCGUUUCUCCAUGAGGAACGUUGGCAGGAUGGCCAGUAUAAACCAGGUAUCGCCCACCGAGACCUGAGCAGCCAGAACGUACUCAUUCGGGACGAUGGGUCAUGCGCCAUUGGAGAUCUGGGCCUCGCCUUGGUGCUCCCUGGCCUCGCCCAGCCCCCAACCUGGGCCCCUACUCAACCCCGAGGCCCGGCUGCCAUCAUGGAGGCUGGCACCCAGCGGUACAUGGCACCGGAGCUCUUGGACAAGACUCUGGACCUUCAGGACUGGGGUACGGCCCUGCGGCGAGCUGACGUCUACUCUCUGGCUCUGCUCUUGUGGGAGAUCAUGAGUCGCUGCCCAGAUUUGCGACCUGACAGCAGACCACCACCCUUCCAACUGGCCUACGAGGCAGAACUGGGCAGCGCCCCCACCACCUGUGAGCUGUGGGCCUUGGCGGUAGAGGAGAGGAGGCGCCCUCACGUCCCAUCCACCUGGUGCUGCUUUACCACAGACCCUGGUGUCCUGAGAGAGCUCCUGGAGGACUGUUGGGAUGCAGACCCGGAAGCACGGCUAACAGCUGAGUGUGUGCAGCGGCGCCUGGCUGCCCUGGCCUGUCCUGAGGAGGCCCACCCCUUCCCUGAGGGCCGUGCACAGGACUGCUCACCUUACUGCCUGGAAGACCAUCUCUCCUAUCCUCCCGUCUGCCAUUCUCCCUCGUAGGCUGCAGCUGAGUGCCUGCCACGUCACUGUUCAGCAAGGCCCUUUUCCCAGAAAUCCUCAACCUACCUGGACUACUUCUCCUGUGUAAAUAUGCAUUUAUGUAGAAUCUGUGUUUGUUGUUGUUCAGUCGCUAAAUUGUAUCUGACUCUUCGCGACUCCAUGGACUGCAGCAUGCCAGGCUCCUCUGUCCUCCACUAUAUCCUGGAGUUUGCUCAAAUUCACAUCCAUUGAG